CAGGGAUAGAGGCAGAGGAUACCGGUUUCUCCUCUGGCAGGAACAUGCAGACUGGGCUGAGGUUUUACAUGAAGUCUCCUCACAUAUUGUAAAGAAAGAAAAACAUGGCAACUCUGGAAUUAUACACAAAGGGGGCAGGUGUGUGGGUCCCUGACCCAGAAGCAGUUUGGGUUUCAGCCACGCUCCUAAGAGACUACAAACCUGGAGAAGAACAGCUUCUACUGCAGCUCCAGAAUGGAAACGAGGUCCAUUACUCUGUCGACUCCCCAUCUGACCUCCCUCCUCUGGGGAACCCCGACAUCUUGGAGGGGGAGAAUGACCUGACAGCUCUCAGCUUCCUGCACGAGCCUGCUGUGCUGCACAACCUGCAGGUCCGGUUUCUGGACUACAACAGCAUCUACACAUACUGUGGUAUUGUGUUAGUUGCCAUAAAUCCCUACGAUCAGCUACCCAUAUAUGGUGAGGAGGUGAUAGACGCUUACAGCGGUCAGGACAUGGCUGACAUGGAGCCUCACAUCUUCUCUGUGGCCGAGGAGGCCUACUGCACCAUGACCAGGGAGGAGAGGAACCAGUCCAUCAUCAUCAGUGGGGAGUCUGGCUCAGGAAAAACGGUCUCAGCCAAAUUCACCAUGCGUUACUUUGCUGUGGUUGGAGGAGCAUCUCAGCAGACCAGGGUGGAGGAGAGGGUGCUGGCCUCAAACCCCAUCAUGGAGUCCAUAGGGAAUGCGAAAACCACUCGGAAUGACAACAGCAGCCGCUUUGGGAAGUACAUAGAGAUUGGUUUUGGUAGGAAUGGGGACAUCAUCGGGGCAAAUAUGCGGACAUACCUGCUGGAGAAGUCAAGGGUUGUCUUUCAGGCAUCAUCAGAAAGAAACUACCACAUCUUCUAUCAGCUGUGUUCAGCCAGAGAACUGCCUGAAAUGAGAUCGCUCAAACUGGAGGCACCUGAAUAUUUCCACUACACUAACCAGGGAGCAGAGAUGCAAAUUCCUGGCACGAAUGAUCUGUCAGACCUGGAACGUACUCGCAAUGCUUUCACCGUUCUCGGUGUGCAACCUGAACAACAAAUGGAGCUCUUCAGGGUCCUGUCGGCUGUUAUGCACCUGGGAAACGUCAACAUUCAAGCCAGUGGGAGAAGCUCUGACAGAAGUUAUAUCAAUGCAGAGGACCGCUCUCUGGCUGUCUUCUCCAAGCUGUUAGGAGUUGAGCGAUCUCAAAUGGCUCACUGGCUGUGCAGCCGCAGACUUGCUGUGGGGGGAGAGAUGCUGGUGAAGCCCAUGACUGGUCAGCAGGCUCUAGAAGCCAGGGAUGCUCUCGCCAAGCACAUCUACGGUCAGCUGUUCACGUGGACGGUCCAGAGGCUCAACUCAGCCCUGCGAUCGCAGAAGGGGAAGGCCAAAUCUUUUAUAGGAGUGUUAGACAUCUAUGGGUUUGAGACCUUUGAUCAGAACAGCUUUGAGCAGUUCUGUAUAAAUUAUGCAAACGAAAAACUUCAGCAGCAGUUUAACAGGCAUGUGUUCCACUUGGAGCAGGAGGAGUAUGUCCGGGAGGAGCUGGCCUGGAAUAGGAUUGAAUUCAGCGACAACCAGGAGUGUAUCAAUCUCAUUGAAGGUCCCCUGGGAAUAUUUGAUCUGCUAGAUGAGGAGUGCAGGAUGCCUAAAGGGUCUGAUGAAAACUGGGCACGAAAGCUGUAUGACCAACACCUGACCAGUAAGCCCCAUCCUCACUUCCGGAAACCCAGGAUGACAAACAGCGCCUUCAUUGUUUUCCACUUUGCUGACACAGUGCAAUAUGAAUGCAGCGGCUUUUUAGACAAGAAUCGAGACACAGUGUUUGAGGAGCUCAUUAACAUUCUCAAAGCAAGUCAGUUUGAGCUGGUAGCUGAGUUGUUCCAGCAGCAGGGAAGCACUCUAUCUGUGGCCAAUGGGAGUGUUCGCUCAGGAAAAAGAGCUGCCAAAGAACACAAGCUGACUGUAGGCUUUCAGUUUCGUCAGUCCUUACAGAUGUUAAUGGACACACUAAAUAGCACUACCCCUCACUAUGUUCGCUGUAUUAAACCCAAUGAUCAAAAAGCACCAUUUAUGUUUGACCCACAGAGGACGGUGCAGCAGCUGAGAGCUUGUGGGGUGCUAGAGACUAUUCGUAUCAGUGCAGCAGGUUAUCCAUCCAGGUGGACGUAUGAGGAGUUCUUCAGCAGGUAUCGUGUUCUCCUGCGAGGACCCAAAUGCCAGGAUCAGGCUCAGGCCUCCUGCAGAGAGGCGCUGCCUCACCUGAUCCCAGACACAGACCAGUACUGUUUUGGAAAGACCAAAGUGUUUUUUCGAGCGGGCCAGGUGGCUGUUCUGGAGAGGCUGAGAUCUGAGCGACUGCGUGUCGCUGCUGUGAUCAUCCAGAGUCACGUCAAAGGCUGGCUGGCACGUACCAGAUACAGCAGGAUCCUGUGGGCAGCUGCUACCAUUCAGAGAUAUAACCGAGGAGCUCUGGCAAGACGAUUGGCUCUGACCCUGCGCUACACUAAGGCUGCCAUGGUGAUCCAGAAGACCUACCGGAUGCUGAUGGUCAGACAGAUUUUCCUCAUGAUUCGAAGCGCCACCGUCACCAUCCAGGCCUUCACCAGGGGAACACUGGCCCGCCACAGAUACAGACAGCUGAUGGUAGAGAGGGCAGCUGUGCUGCUCCAGGCGAGGGUGCGUGGCUGGCUGGCAAAAGAGGCGUACCGUCGGGUGCAUGCCGCGGUGGUAUUCAUGCAGUGUUGCGUACGCCGCAAGGCCAGCAGGAGAGAGCUGCUGAGACUGAAGGCUGAGGCCCGCUCAGUGGAGAAGUACAGAGAGCUCAACAAGGGCAUGGAGGUGAAACUCAUGCAGCUGCAGCUCAGGGUAGACCAACAGGCAAGGGAGAGUUCAGCUCUGAGAGAGACUCUCAACGCAGAGCGAGAGACUGCCAGUGCUGAGCUGGAUGCUCUGAGGGGGAUUAUACAGAAACUGGAGAGCCAGAAACAGAUGAAGCCACCACCCUCCCCAGUUAUCAGUGAGAAGGAGGUAGAGGAAAGGAGGAGAGCGGAGGAGAAAGCGGCACAGGAGAUCCUUCGACUCACGCGGGAGCUGCAAGCAUUACAGAAAGACAAGGACUGUAUUUGCAAAGCGAAGGAAGAUAUCUCUGCUCGCUUACAUGAGAAAGAGAAAACACAAGAAGAGUGUGUGCAAAAGGCUGUGCUACAGGCCAGUGCAGCUCUACGGUCAGAGUUGGAUGAGGAGAAGAUGAAGUACCAGGGUCUCCUAAGGGAGCUCAGCAGACUGGAGCAAAGAUAUGACAACCUAAAGGAGAUGAAUCUGCUCACUGAGCAUGCCAGGGGACACAGAAGGACCGACUCGGCACAGAGUCUGAGCUUAGAGCCUCUCUCUCCGUCCUCGACUCCACUGUCGCCUCAGUCUCUCACCCCCCUCUCGGUGUCCCCUUUCACAUCUGCGUUCCCUUCCCCAGAGGAGCAGCGCAGGGUCAGUGUGACGUCCUCCACUCUGGAGAGGAGACUCUCAGUGUGGAGCUCAGAUGCACCACUGGACCAGCUGAUGGAGAUGAUGGACGUGGCCAAAGACCCAGCGGUGAAGAAAAAAGGAGAAGACUUGGAGUAUGCUUAUGAUGCCGUACGAGUGGCCAACAAGUUUCUGGAGAUCCAGCUGCAGAAGCAGCAGAGUCAGUGGAGGGAGGAGAUCGAGGCUUUGAGGAACCAGCUCAGUCAGGCGAUCUGUUGUGGUUCCUCUGCAAAGAAACAGGAUCUGUGGGAGCUGCUAGAAGCCAGAGAAUUUGAGUGCAUGAGGCUGCGGAGGGAGCUGAAGGAGCUGAGAAACACAGUGUCUCUCAGACAUCUGCUGACACACAUUUCCCCGUUAGCUCCGACCACAGAUACAUCCUGUCCUGCUCAGCUGAAACCAGCAGGAGUCACAGGUAUGCUGGAGUGCCGGAAAAGAGACGAAACCAAGCUCAUCAAAAGCCUCAUCACAGACAUCCCUCCUGACAGCGCGCUGGCUCUGCCUCUUGGUCUGCCGGCCAGCGUGAUCUUCCUUUGCAUCCGUCAGGCUGACUGCAGUGGAGACCAAGCUCGAGCUCGCUCGCUCUGCAGUGCCGCCCUUGUUGCCAUGAAGACUACUCUGAAGAAGCAAACAAAUGAUCUCAAUAUGACUGCUCUGUGGCUGAAAAAUGUUUGUCUUUUGCAUGACCUGUUGAUCCAACACUCCCCAAAACAGAAUAAGUCUUCAUUGUUUGACUGCCAGAGCCUAGACUCAGAUGAGCUGAUUUCUAUGACGACUGACCUGAGCGACUUGAUCCGCUCCCUGAGUGACCUAUGUAUCCAGGCCUAUCAGCAGCUACUCUCCAUCACUGAGACACAGCUGCAGAAACUCAUAGUCCCAGCCCUUUUGGAAAGCGAGACCAUAGCUGGUCUGUCCGGCUCGGCAGUGAAACUAAUUGUAUCCAGGAAGCGGGCGGGCUCAGACCCUCGUCCCGUUGGAGCUGACGCUCCCACCAUGGCCUCUGUAUUGAGGCAGCUCGGAGCCCUUCACACUGCCCUGAGCUGCCAGUCUCUGCCCCUGAGUCUAGCAGAGCAGGCUUUCCGGCAGAUGACCUACCUCAUCUGUGCCUGUGCUCUCAACAACCUGCUGCUGAGGAAAGACAUGUGCUGCUGGAGUCGCGGGAUGCAAAUACGCUACAAUGUCAGUUUGCUUGAAGAGUGGUUGCGCAGCCGAGGUCUGCAGGCAGGGGGCGCUGUGGCUACACUGGAGCCACUCAUCCAGGCAGCUCAGCUGCUGCAGGUGGGGAAAAAGACUGCUGCAGAUGCUCAGGCCAUAGUUCGUACUUGCACUGCUCUCUCCAGCACGCAGAUUGUGAAGAUUCUGACUCUCUACACUCCUCACAGUGAUCUUGAUGAAAAAGUCACUAUAAAUUUCAUUCGCACCGUCCAGGAGCUCGUCAAAGGUCGCUCUGACACUCAGCCUGCACAGCUCCUUUUGGAAGUAAGAAGAGUGUUCCCUGUCACAUUUCCCUACUCGCCUCCCCCGGCCCUCAGUGCAGAGGAAUUAGUCAUCCCAGACUCCCUCAAGAUCUCUUUUCUACGCAGAGCCUAAAAUAGUGGAGCCAAAUAUUUGACUGCUGAUAUGUUUAAUUUUGCCCUCUAAAAUUUAAACAGCUUUCUGGGGCUGUUAUGCAUUUAAUCAUUCUCAGAUCAUUAGUAGCUCUAAAAUGCUCAACAAAAAGUUAAUCAUUAGUCUGUAAUAAGGUCUCGAGUUAUAUGCAUCUACACAAACUGAAUAAGACCAAGAUUACUGAUCUUUACUCCCUUUUUUGGGGCAAAAAUAGGUACAGAUUUAGUUCUAUAAUGACAUAAGAAGACCCAAACAAACAGGUAAAGAUCUGUUAUUCUGAUAUGAUAUUGCAACAAAAAAAAAAAAGAAAGAAAAAUCCAGCCACUCUUCACUAGACAAGGACCUAUGUUUAUCUUGCUUCCAUGCACUUUGAGAAUGGGAAGGGAAGAAAACUCCAAUCACGCUGUUGACAAAAUGCAGCAAAUAGUGAGUGGCAUUUUGGUGUCCUUAUGUUUUCCACACAAACAGAAGUUUUCUACAUGCUAAUUGGUUGUUUGGGAGGCAUGGCAGGUAAAGUUUUUUUCUGUACUGCCAUCACAAACUUAAACAUAUGGAUUUUUUUAAACUCUA